UAUUCCUCGGCCGAAAUAAAAAAAAAAAAAACAUUAUCAGAUUCAUUAUUUUCUUUUACUAUUAUCAUGUAAAUUAUAAUUUUAAUCCAUUUUAAUUUUAUUUAGCCGGACUUGGAUGUCAUCACUGGUGUAAUUGGCUACACUUUCUUAAUGGAAUCCAAUAUAGAUCAAGUUUCUGAGUCUGGCGAUGCGGAGGAUAUUCCCAGUGACUUUUUUGAUGAUUUUAGUAAAGAUGAUUUUAUAGAGAGUUUGAGUGUGGUAGACAGUUGGUGUGAUGAUGAUAAUAAUAAACAUAAUUCCCGUAUUACCGCGGCCGAGUUGCAGAAUGUCAAGGACCUAAGAGAGUUGAUACGAGAUGAUGAUCGGGGAAGAAAAGAUAAAGGUUCAAGUUCAAAGUAUAAAGAUAGAAGUAAAGUACAAGAGUCAUCUAAGAGAAAAAGGUCGUCACAACGAGACAGCUCAAGCCUUGAUGAGUUUAUUAAACCAGGGAGCCGCCGAGAUCCCAGCAAAACUAGUGAAGCCAUCAGGAAAGAUAAGGAGGUGAAAGUGAAGGAAUAUUUGGAUAAAUUUUUGGAAGGAAAUGAUAACAUUCGUCCUCCUGGAACAGAACUUGAUGAUUACUUUCUAGGAAAAAAAAGUAAUGAAAAAAGAAGAUCCACAGGUGUUGAAGAUGUAUUCAGUCAAAAGGAAGGCCCCCCUGGGGAAUCUAGAAUUAGAAGACGCAGCCCACAUUGGAGUCCAAGGAGACCUGUUUCCCAUCAUCAGCAAAGUCCACGACGAAGUCCACGGAGGAGUCCACGAAGAAGCCCAAGAAGGAGUCCUCGACGCAGCCCUCGUUACAGCCCCAGGAGGAAUAUUGUUCCACACAGAUUUAGUCCCUAUCAUUCAAAAUUUAGGAGAUAUAGUCCAAGACAAAGAAGUCCUCGUAGACAUAGCCCUUCACGUCAUAGUCCACAAUAUCGUAGAUACUCAAGAUCACCUACUAGGCACACAUAUGGCAGAAGAUCAUAUUCUAGAUCUCCUGUUAGAAGAGAUAAUUUCUUGUAUUCUGAUGAGUCAUAUGUUAAUUAUCCUGCUCCUGAUACACAAUUUGUGGCUGAUUCCUCACAUUCACGUUAUCCUGGAUCUGUACCAUCACAUGAUUAUGAAGGUGAAGUACGACAGGUGUAUCAGCAGGCACCAUUUUAUCCUACAGGCUAUAUUGGUACUGGUUAUGAAUAUAAUGUACAGCAAGUAUCACCAGCUGUACAGCCACAGCCAGUUCCUGCUCCAUUGCCAAAUAUGGGGCCUGCACCACCGCUGAAUCCAGUUCCACCACUGCUGAAUCAAAUUUCAUCACCUGCUAUGGUGCCACCACCUUCACAGGCUAUGUCUACUCCAGUAAUGACCAGCACACCUGACCAAAGUAUGGUAACACCAUAUGAUGCUUUGGCACAAUUAGUUGCAGAAGGAAAACUCUCCAAAGAAGACUAUUUGAAACUUGCACCAAAUAAAGGUGUAGCAACCACUAGUAUGGACUGCAAAGCAAGGGUUGAGGUGUUGAAUCGCUGCAAUACAGCUUUAAGCAAGUUGGCCAACUUGGUUCUACCGAACCGCUUAGUGAUGAAUAAGAAUAUUACUCAAGGUCCUGAGCUCAAGUGUGUAACCACCAAGUUUUGUUCUCCAUUGAAGAGGAAAUCUGCUAUAGAGUUCCACUACACGAAGGCAAGCGGAUCGGCAACUGAACAACAGAACAAACAACUCGUCGAUAGCAUUAUAGCAACUAUAGGGUUGGAUAAAGUCGUUGUGCGUCCUAAGAAGAAACCUUCAAAGAAUCUGAAGGAUGCUGCUGUUCAGACUAUAAAACCGUAUUGUGAUUUUUGUGAAAUUCGUGAAUCUACACAGUUUAAUGAAGUAGGUACCUCUAUAGAGCAAGAGCAUUUUUCUAAAUCGGUGCACACUCAAGUUGUGGAACAAGACUUAUUUAGUUCGAAAGCUGUUUUCAAUGUAAGUGGCAGUGUUUCUGAUAGUGCUCCGAUAUCCAUUUCACAUCUAACUCCAGCGCAGUUGGUGUCGCAGUUAGCAGCCCGUGCUAAAACAUUGAAGCAGGCAUCUGAACCCGUGCCGUCUUCCAGUCAGUUCGCGAGAAGGAAUCCGCCGCCUAAUAACUACGACUACGGUGGCAGAGGGGAUCAACAUUAUUAUAAUAAUAACAAUUAUAGAUAUUAAUACCUAAUCUUUCGUAGUAUCAAUGUUGUUUUGUCUUUGUUCAUAGAAAAAUAAAUGAUUUAUUCAUUUUUUAAGUCACAAAAUUUUUCUAUAUAAUAAAAUUUAGGCAAGAAA